CUUCCUGGGGCGGGGCAGAGUGGUUGCAGGAGGCAGAGUGGAGCAGAGUGGGGGGGCUGAGUGCAGCCCCAGGUGCCUGCUGUCCCGUGAGAGGGAGCUGGGCCCUGCUGGCACCUGGUCCGCCAUGCAGGCAGCCUCAUGGAGCCCUGGGGAUGCCCUGCUGCACCCGUGUGGGGCUCUGCGUCCGGCAUGGGCUGUCCCCCCUGUCAGCAGGCCCCAGCGCCUUGGGGGGCCAGCAGCGCUGACCUCCUGGCCAGUCACCAGAGGUGUGUUCUUAUGAUCUUUUGCUACCGACAACAAAACUCCAAGCAGGAUGAUCCCUACAUCUGUGUGAAGGGGAAUGGAGUACGGGGUGGAGAGGAAGGCGCGUGGAUUGCUUAUAUCCCCCUGGUGCCGCGGAGAAGCGGACAUGGCUGUAGCAUGGGGGGGAGCAAUGCAGGCCUGCGCCGCUGUAUCGAGAGACCCCGCAGUGACUGCGCCAGCUCUAGCGCUUAAAGCACCCAUGCCUUUUUGCCUGGGCUCCUAUGUGACCGUGACACAUGGUGGUGUCCUGAAGCCGGUUGCAGCAGAGCGGGAGAUCAAAAAAACAAGGAUAAGAUGUGAUGCCCAGAGAUUAUGCUGUAGAUUAAGGUUUUACUGAAUCCUGAAAUGAGUACAAAUUCCCAGUCGCAGCAGCCCUAUCGUGCAGCCAAAUCUCUUCUGUCAGCUUGCUUGGCUAAAGGGCGAAAGAGGCAUUUCCAGUCCUGUCCUCCCCAUGUACAUGAAAGACGGAUCCCAAAUAUUCACCUAAGCUUGUCUGCUGAGAGGCAGCCACAAGGUUAGCCUGCUGAGCCAUGAACGUCUCUGCCCCCAGCAGCCAGCUGAGACAGCCCGAGCCCCAGGACUCAGCCGGAUUCACUCCCACCUCUGUUGUUAAGAGUGUGACAAAGAAGUCCGAUGCCCUGCCUAUGAUCUCUGUAAUCGUUGUCGUCUUUGUCCUCCUGGCUGUCUUCAUUAUCAUUGUGGUGCACUAUGGCCCUCAUCUCCGCACCAUCCAAAUCACCCUUUACCAUGAGCCCAUGCCGCAGGACUUGAACGGCGGUGUGUACCUCACGGACUGGAAGAAGCUGGGCUCCCAGAAGAAGCAGUCAGCUCAGUACUGCCAGCGAGAGCUGGACAGCAAGGACACGGCUGGGGCAAGCUACCAGUGCUCAUGUAAGCACCACCUUCCCUGCAGGAACGCGGAGCCUAACGUCAUAGAGAUCACGUACUUGUAACCAGACCAUGGGCCACCCAGUCCAGGUGGGGCUCAAGGGACCAUAGGCCUGUUGGAAAAAUGGUAACUGGAAAGUUGACUUGGCCGGAGACUCACCAGUUCCUGCACACUGAGGUUUUAGCAUCCCAGAAUUUGUAUCUCUCUCCAGGUAGACUUACUGAAGAAGCUGUGAACAUCAGCAGAAUGACCCAUCCUCUGUAGAUUAAAGGUACCUUCAGAAUAAAGAGGCCUGGGUGCUGCUAAGUGUGUGUCUGUGACUGGGUUGAAAGAGGCUACUGUAUAUGGGACUGCUGCAGCAUCGGAGGGAGACAGGGGCAAAGAUCCAGCAUUUGCCCAGGCAAACUGAGCCACCUCCUGUCCCCUCUCCACCCCCAAAGCAGAGCCUGAACCCAGAGGGCAGCUGGCUAGAUCUUCCAUCAGCUCCUAUAAAGUAAGGAAACUGAGGCAUGGAGCAGCAAGCAGACCGGCUUGGCCAGUGGCAGAGCUGGGUGUGCAGCCUGUGCCCGGUGGCCACAUCGAGGCACGUCUCUGGCAACCCACAGACAUCCGGCCAUGGGGCUGCCAUCCUCUGCACAGUGCGCAGCUCCAAGCAGGCAGUGGCACUAAGCAACAGCUGGAUCCCCAGCCCAGGCUCUGUGGCCAGGUCAGUCUAUGUAGGCCAGCUUUAGGGUUUCUUCCCUUUUUCUAGCCCUGUUCACCUCCGGGCCAUCCCAGGCACUGCCUGGGGAUGCUCAGGAGCUGUCUCCGGCCCUCGCUGCCUGUGGCUGGGCAGUGCUGAGCGUAGGAUGAGCCUCUUGGCAGGAGCUGAAAGUUGCAUUGUCUGGAAUCACUUUCCACAUUACAGAUGUUUCCACACA